CAACCCAAAACAAAUUAAUCAAUAGACUAAACCAACGCAUCGACAUAUGUUUCAACUAUAUUCAACAAGACAAACCCCAGCAACAACAUUUCGAGCUACAACAAGAUGAACCCACCACAACAAAACAUAUACACGAAUCCAGCACAACAUUAUCCCAACAACAACCUUUUGACUACCAACAAGGAACUUCAUUAUCUACAAGACACAACCACAAGUUUAAUGCUGCCACAACUCUACAACAAAUGAAACAGACCGACCAAAGCACAGCUAUGCAGCAAG